AACAUAUUUAUUUUCAGUGCAUAAAGCAUACCACGUGCUGCUCUCUGUUGGCUAUCAAACACCUGAUUAAAUAUUCUUUGGUACCAGCAAAUACGAAAAAUCUGUUUCUUUGUUUCGACGCCUAUUUGAUACAAUAAAGUCAAAACAUGUUGGCCAACUUGUGUCAGUCGUUAUCUGUAAACUCUCAAAAUGGGCUGUGUCAAAGUUCUGAUAUUGUUGACGGCGAUAAUAUAUUGCCUGCGACAUCAGGUUGCUGCUGUCACUUGUGAUGUGGCACCGCUGGAUCCUAAUUGUGUUAGCUGCAUCCUCAAUCCCACAAAUACAGAGUGCAUUACAAGCACAACAACAGCAACAACAACAGCUGCAACUGUGAUAAGCACCACCAAGAAGUCGCGACGCCGCCGAAUUAGAACAUUAUUGUCGAGCUUUUUUCAAAGGAUUCAGCAAAGAUUCCAACAAAUUAAAAAUAAAUUGAAUCCCAUAAUUCCUUAA